AAAGCUUCGGAUCUGGCAGAUAUGAUCACCCGAGUCAUCCGUGAGGGCCUGGAAGGACUGGUGCUGAAAGAUAUAAAGGGCAAUUAUGAGCCAGGAAAACGGCACUGGCUGAAAGUGAAGAAGGAUUACCUAAAUGAGGGUGCCAUGGCUGACACAGCAGACCUGGUGGUGCUGGGAGCUUUCUAUGGACAAGGCAGUAAAGGUGGGAUGAUGUCCAUCUUCCUCAUGGGCUGCUAUGAUCCCAAGAGCGAGAAAUGGUGCACUGUGACCAAAUGUUCUGGUGGCCACGAUGAUGCCACCCUGGCACGUCUGCAAACAGAGCUGGAUAUGGUGAAGAUCAGCAAGGAUCCCAGCAAAAUUCCAAGGUGGCUAAAAAUUAACAAAAUCUACUACCCAGACUUCAUUGUCCCAGACCCAAAGAAAGCCCCAGUGUGGGAGAUCACAGGGGCCGAGUUCUCUAAAGCUGAAGCCCACACUGCAGACGGGAUCUCCAUUCGCUUCCCUCGCUGUACCCGCAUUCGAGAUGACAAAGACUGGAAGACAGCCACCAACCUCCAGCAGCUAAAGGAGCUGUACCAGCUCUCCAAAGAGAAGGCUGAUUUCAAUGUUACUGCUGGGGAGGAAGACGAGUCCACGGCUGGCAGCAGUGGAGAGAACGAGGGAAAUUCCAGGUCUUCCACACCACACAGCACUGUUAAAACUCCCCCAAACAAGUCACCUGCAAAAGCCCAGAAGCCAGAAGAGAGCAAAGCAGUCAUUGGAUCCCCUCAAAAAUCGGAAGAGAAACGAGGUGAGAAGAGGAAAGCAUCUGAGAUGGAAGACAAUGGCAAAAAGAUACUGCUGGACAUAUUCACUGGUGUGAAGCUCUACCUAUCGCCCUCUGUGAAGGACUUUGACAAAAUCCAGCGGUACUUUAUAGCAUACGAUGGGGACCUUGUGACAGAGUCUGACACAGCCUCAGCAACCCACGUUAUAGGGGACAUCGAUGACAAUCCUGGUGCUAAGCGUGUGUCUCCCAAGUGGAUCUGGGAGUGCAUCCGGAAGCAGAGGCUGGUAGCCCCGUGCUAGCAGUGGGGGGCAGCUGAGCAGGCCCGACACAAGAACAGCAGAGAAGUAGGUAGGUGGAAGAAAUAGUGAGGUUCCUCUGUGGAGACAUAGAUAGAAAUAAAGUGCCCAAGACCAUCCAAGGUAGCUCUAAAGAUCCAUAUGGAAUCAAUUAAAACAGCUCUCUGAGGAAGUGUCACUGCUGACUCCAUUUUUCUGCCCAUACCAUAGGCUGCUGCACUUACCCUGGUGCUGCUUUAGUCUCUGGGUUUUUAAAGUUUGGGUAUUUUUAUAGAUAAAUAAAACUGAAGCAGUUGCUCCUUUGCUGUCAGGA